AUGGAAACAGGCAAUCUUCGCAAUGAAGAUUUUCGAAAGUUGUUGACUGCACCGAAAAAGGUGGUCGCUGAAGGUUCUGCAUCGGGUGGCGCAUCACAUUCAUUCACACACAGGCAUCAAGCGAAACCCGAUAAGAAGAAAGGUGGAGGUGGUCAUAAACACAAGAAAGAGAAAUUCGAGACCAACGAGGAUGAAGCCAAUCUCAAGGAAAUUCUUAAAAACUACCGUGAUCGAGCACUCGAACGACGUCUAAAGGGCAACGAUGACAAUGACGAAAUCGUGAAGUUGGCGGCAGCUUAUCGUGCCAUGCCUGGAGAUGCACGUGCGAUGACAGAUAAAGCGAAUCUCAGAAGACAAGCGAUUGAGGAAUCAAAAUACCUUGGAGGAGAUAUGGAGCAUACUCACUUGGUGAAAGGUCUCGAUUAUUCGCUGCUAAACAAAGUGCGAAGUGAAAUUAAUAAAUCACAAACGGAAGCGGAUCCUGUGGACGAACUGGAACUUGCUUAUGAUCAAAAAGGAGUAGAUGCUGUGGAGAAGAUGUCAGAUAAUAAGAUGGUGCGUGGCUUACAUCGUAUUCUGUUCAAGAAUGAGUUACCAGUACGGAAUGAGCUAUUCGGAAAAGGACGUAUGGCAUAUGUGGUAGACAUGGAAGAUGAGGAAGCUGAUAUUCCUACCACUUUACUUAGAUCUGUGCACGAUUGUCCGAAGGCAGAGUCAAAUGCAAAUAUCAACGCGAAUAACAUGUUGAUUUCCAAGCUGACACAGGUGCUGUCAUACCUUCGUGCUGACCAUAAAAAGAAGAAAAAGCCAGAAAUGUCAGAAGAGGAGGCGAAGAAAUAUCAGUCUCAGAGCAUCUACGAUAACGAGGCUGAAUAUGCUCCAAAGAGAGACAAGGACAAGGACCGUCGAGAUAAGGACAGAGAUCAGAAUCAGAAGAAGGAUCGAAAUUACUUCGACGCUAAGGAUGAUAGAAAUAAACGUGAGGAUCGCGAUAGGCGGGACAAAGAUCGUGACAGGCGUGGUGGUCAUGAACAGGAUCGUCGAGAUCGCGACAAGGAAAAGGAUCGUGAACGAAAUCGUGAUAAAGAGCGAGAGCGGGACAGAGAACGCAGAGAUCGCGAAGAACGAGACAAAGAGAAGCGCCUUGAAGAAAAAAUGGAGAAGAGGAGAAAGGAAGCAGAAGGAGGAGGGUAUGAUGAAUGUUAUCCCGGAGGAAUGGCAGAAAUGGCUGGCGGUUGGGAUUCAGAUGAAGAAGAUCUGACGAUGAUGGAUAUGGGAGCAAAGAAGUCGAAUAUAAAACGAUGGGAGUUCGACAAUGACGAUGACUAUGAGAAAUUCCAGGUAUUUUUUCAGCUGCAUUUACUUGUUGUAAAAUAUGAUGCCGAUAUUCAUUUCAAGGGAUCUCGCGAAGCGAUGCCAAAGGCAGCCUACCAGUAUGGUGUGAAGACUGGCGAUGGACGAAAGACCAGGAAAAGUGUUGAUGUGAACAAGAAGAUCGACAAGGAACUAAGUCAAAUCACAAAAUUGAUCGAGAAGCGUAAAAGUGGAUUCGAAGAAGAAGGAGACUACAAGCGUCCGAAGUUCUAA